CCAACGGCCGAUUUCCGAUUACGUUACUGCUGCAUGGUCGUUUGUCCGCCAGACGCUGAAAGCUCUCGCCAGUGAGUUGGUAGUUGGUUCGACAGAGGUGUGUUAUGAAGAAUUCGCGUGUUUCCCGUCCCGGCCUCGACCUAACUUGUCCCCCGUUCACCCCAGAUCCAAAUGAUUGUACUGUGCCUCCGCGUCUUGGGCUACUUGAAGACUUGCACGAGCAAGGCCAUCACGGGACCAGUUCGCGUCUACGCGAAGCAUUUGUUCGACUGGCGUCGGCUGUAUAACGACCUCGUCGGCGAGAGCUGCGUUUGGGAUUUCAAGGACCUCUUCCUCGCUUGCGUGUCGGUCUUUGGCUGGCCCGAGACGAUAGAGCAGUUCUUCGGCACCACCCACACCCCCCUAGCGCUGGAUACUAUCAUCAAGGACUGGAACGGUGAACCUCUUGACGAAGCAUCUAUGAUGGGCCUUCUCGACCUGUUCACUUCACCGGUUCUCCAGAGUCACAUCGGACGGAAGGCGCGGAAGACGCUGCUAAUGCAUCACGCAAAGGCGCUGGCGGAUUCUGUAGAACAAAACAAGCCGGAACUGAUGAAGACCAGGCCCUUCAUCCAAUGGCUGCUGGCCAAAACCGCGCACGAAUUGGAAGCGCCCCCGGAACGGCCGGACGGCGUGCGUAUGGAACACUUUGGCGGACUGAAACUGGACCAAGGGGCCGGUAUCCAUCUACCGAUAUACGUCCCCACCAGGCACAGCAGAAAGCCCGACUGGGACAUGUUCUUCUUUCGAUCUACACCCGCUCAGCGACGCGUUGUCGAGCUCGCCGUUAGAACGGCGGAGCAGAUCGGAGACUACGCCCUGCAAGCCGAGGCCAUGAAGCUGCUCAUCCUCCAGUCUCAGGACCCCUGGCGCUUGAUGAGUGCUCUGGCAAGCCUGCAACUGGAGACGCAAGGCGAUAAGGAAGGCUAUCUCUCGACAUGUUUGUCGAUGUAUCUGGUGGCCACAGACCUGACCGCGGAAGCGAACCUCUUGAGAGACCUCGAACGGCCCUGCCAGGGGGGAAACAUGCUCUUGUUUGAGCAGUGCGAGAAUGCAUCUCUGACCUGGGCUUGGGUUAUGAUCCGGAUCCUGCUCGCGUCGUCGAUCAACGGGGAUGCGGGUUCGGACACCACGACCGACAGCAGCGAAGAGCCCUCGCCGUUCCUGGCUCGCCGGCUUCACCUGGACGGAACUAGACUGGCCCCUUACAUCGCCGAGUUCGGCCGCGCCGAGCUCGGGAUCGACAUUUCGCCGCCGAUGGAACCGCUCUCUGUAGACGAUCGGAUCGAGGAACCCGAUUACUCAGACGACCAGCGGAUCGCGGCGCUCCGUCGCCGUUUCGCCCGCGGAGCCUCUGAAGCGCGGGAAGCGUCUCCUCGAGCCAAUCCCUGGCCGUACUACACCGGUCAAGAGUCGGAUCCGUUGGCACAUGGCAUCUCGCCGUCUGUCCGAGUCAACGGCUGGCCGAGCACGUGGUACGAAGACGCACAGCACUAGGACAGGGGGGA